AUGGAUUCCAAAACAAUUAAUCAAAGGCGGACGUUACAAUUGGUUCAAUCGUCUGGGAACCAAUUUAUAUAUGGCCAUGAUUUUGUCCGCUUUUUGGAGAAGAAUCAUAUUGAUCCUCAGCGGAUUGUAUCUAUGGGCUCUGACCGCUCUAACAAAAUUUUUCAAGUCACUUUUGAUGAUGAGGGAAUUUCUGAGUCUUUUGUGAACCGUCACAACACAGCACACAUAGGAAACAAUAUCUAUACUGUUUCGGGCUGUGACCGUUCCAGGUUAACUGUUCGUUUAUUCUGGCUACCAGAAUAUAUUUCAGAUAAAGAUAAAACUUCUUUUUUUAAGUCUUUUGGGCUAAAUGUCAAUUCAGUUCAAAGAGAGUUUCAUCUUGCCGACGGGAUUAAACAUAUAAGAACAUUAACCCGUCGGGUUUUAGUAGAAGGUCGGUCUUCUGCUUUUGAUUCUUUGCCGCAUACGUCCUCCAUAUGUGGCAAGGAUGUGUUGAUGAUCCUCCAGGGGAGGCCUCCCAUAUGUUUAAAGUGCUAUCAAGCAGGUCAUAUGAGAAAGGAAUGUCCUUUAUCGAGACAGUCUGGCACUCUUUCGUAUGCUGGUGUUGCCUCUGGUAGUCGGGCUCCUCCUUAUAACACUUCUAGGCAAAUAACAUCUGUAAAGAAAUUGUUAGCGAAGAAUUCAUCGCUUUCCCCCCCUUUACCACCUAUCCACGUCGAAUUGUUUGAUACUCGCGUGGACAAGGAUGGUUUUGUUAAACCAAAAAACACAUCCAAGAAGAGGACUCUGUCUGAGUCUAAUGUUUCGUUGAUCAGUACCGAAGAUCCUCGUAUUGUUCAAAUAUCUUCUGAGGGGAGGAAACCUCUAAAUUCUCCACCAAAGAAGAAAGUAAAUCAUUUGUCAAAGAUGUUAGCACCUGCGGCAGCUGGUGCCAAUAGUGUAGAGUUGGUUAAAAGUUCACCAACAGAAGUCUCUAAAGUCGCUGUGGGAUGUGAAACUGAUGUUGCAUUAGUUGACACCGUCACAUCUAACGUUAUCACACCUGAUGUUGUGUUGCCAGAGUUUUCUGGUGAUAUGAUGGUAGACGACUUUGUAGAGAAGUCCGGUGAUGAUGAGGGUGAAAUUUCUGAAUCUGAUCCGGAAAUGGAUCAUUCUAGUACUUUGGCUGAUAUUGCCAAAUUAAAAAGGGAAUUAAAUGGAGGUGAUACUUCAGGUCGUUUCUCUACGAUGAAGAUAUUGGUGAAGACUCCUCUGUGGAGGAUCUUCCUACAUAAUUUUUUACUUUAUGUUUCACGUUUCUGUCUUUAUUUUUCUAUACUCGUUAUUGGUGUUUCCAAUAGUACAUAUAAUGAUAAAAAUAAGUUCCAUUAA